AUGUCCCCUACCCUUCAGUUUGACGACAACGGUCAUGAUACUCCCGGACAUCGACACGACUUCGAAUGCGCGCUUCGAGUGGAGCUCUUGUCUCCUCGCGCCCUGAAGCACCCAUCAAGUGCUAAAUAUCUCGCCCUCGUACCGCCUGUAUCAGGAGGGUGCACACCCCCACACCACCCAUCGGGAGCAUCUCUUGCAAGGGAGGGCGCAGCAGAUGCCACGACCCAAGAUACAAAACUGUACUAUGUACAGUUGUUGCAUUAA